CGGGAAAGAGAAGGGCUGCUUCCGGUCCGGCGGUUCCGGCCAGGCCCGCCCGGCAGUUUUAGGCGAUGGCUCCGGUGCCGGCGGAGGGAGAGGCUUCUCCGAUCCCUCCAGCCGUGUUCCCGAGGCCUCCCCGGCCCCGCGCGCGCCACUCUCAGUGCUCCGCGCUGCCGGGGUCUCCUGCCUUCCGUCCGGCCAGACCCCUCAGGCUCUUUACACGGCUUGGCUCUUGAAGUCCCGUCGUUGGCCGCGGCGCCCCUCUGGCCCUUCCGCCUCUUCCCUGGAGGCCCAGAGACGGACUGUGGGGACUACUUCGCAUCCUUGCAGGGACUGACUGACCGAAGGUCCAGUAAUCACCCGGGUCUGACUGUUGGGGGAUGGAGCGGGGACCAGGGCUGGCACUGACCGGGUAGGGUCUCCCCACAAGUCAGACGUGUCUCCUGAGGGGCGGUGAACGGUCCUGGAUUGGCUCCCCAAGACUGACCGGCCCAGGACUAAGCAGUUUGGGGGAACCCAACCAGGGUGGCGGGUCUGGACUGACAGGCCCCUCCUGGCUGACCAGGCCAGCCCACUUGACGGGCCUCGUGUCCCACCCCGGGCAGCCAUGGAGAAGAUGUCCCGAGUGACCACGGCCCUGGGUGGCAGCGCGCUGACGGGCCGCACCAUGCACUGCCACCUGGACGCGCCGGCCAAUGCCAUCAGUGUGUGCCGUGACGCCGCCCAGGUGGUCGUGGCGGGCCGCAGCAUCUUCAAGAUCUACGCCAUUGAGGACGAGCAGUUUGUGGAGAAGUUGAACCUGCGUGUGGGCCGCAAGCCCUCGCUCAACCUGAGCUGCGCCGACGUGGUCUGGCACCAGAUGGAUGAGAACCUGCUGGCCACGGCGGCCACCAACGGCGUGGUGGUCACGUGGAACCUGGGACGGCCGUCGCGCAACAAGCAGGACCAGCUGUUCACAGAGCACAAGCGCACGGUGAACAAAGUCUGCUUCCACCCCACCGAAGCCCACGUGCUGCUCAGCGGCUCCCAGGACGGCUUCAUGAAGUGCUUCGACCUCCGCAGGAAGGACUCUGUCAGCACCUUCUCUGGCCAGUCUGAGAGUGUGCGGGACGUCCAGUUCAGCAUCCGAGACUAUUUCACCUUCGCCUCCACCUUUGAGAACGGCAACGUGCAGCUCUGGGACAUUCGGCGGCCUGACCGCUGUGAGAGGAUGUUCACAGCCCACAAUGGACCUGUCUUCUGCUGCGACUGGCACCCUGAGGACAGGGGCUGGCUGGCCACAGGUGGGCGUGACAAGAUGGUGAAGGUCUGGGACAUGACCACGCACCGUGCCAAGGAGGUGCACUGCGUGCAAACCAUCGCCUCGGUGGCUCGAGUCAAGUGGCGACCCGAGUGCCGCCACCACCUGGCCACCUGCUCCAUGAUGGUGGACCAUAACAUCUACGUGUGGGACGUGCGCCGGCCUUUCGUCCCGGCUGCCAUGUUUGAGGAGCACCGCGAUGUCACAACGGGUAUCGCCUGGCGCCACCCACACGACCCCUCUUUCCUGCUCUCCGGCUCUAAGGACAGCACGCUGUGCCAACACCUGUUCCGUGAUGCCAGCCAGCCUGUUGAGCGUGCCAACCCCGAAGGCCUCUGCUAUGGCCUCUUUGGGGACCUGGCCUUUGCUGCCAAGGAGAGCCUAGUGGCCGCUGAGUCUGGGCGCAAGCCCUACGCUGGUGAUCGGCGCCACCCCAUCUUCUUCAAGCGCAAGCUGGAUCCUGCCGAGCCUUUUGUGGGCCUCGCCUCCAGUGCUCUGAGCGUCUUCGAGAUAGAGCCUGGCAGUGGCAGCAUGAGCUGGUUUGUGGACACGGCCGAGCGUUAUGCCCUUGCUGGUCGGCCUCUGGCUGAGCUCUGUGACCACAAUGCCAAAGUGGCUCGGGAGCUUGGCCGCAACCAGGUGGCACAGACCUGGACCAUGCUACGGAUCAUCUACUGUAGCCCUGGCCUGGCGCCUGCCACCAGCCUCAACCACAGCGUGGGCAAGGGCAGCUCUUGCGGCUUGCCACUUAUGAACAGUUUCAAUCUGAAGGAUAUGGCCCCGGGGUUGGGCAGUGAGACCAGGCUGGACCGUAGCAAGGGUGACACACGGAGCGACACGGUGCUGCUUGACUCCUCAGCCACACUCAUCACCAAUGAGGAUAACGAAGAGACAGAGGGCAGCGAUGUGCCUGCAGACUACCUGCUGGGCGACGUGGAGGGCGAGGAGGACGAGCUGUACCUGCUGGACCCGGAACACGCACACCCGGAGGAGCCCGAAUAUGUGCUGCCCCAGGAGGCCUUCCCGCUACGCCACGAGAUCGUGGACACUCCACCUGGCCCCGAGCACCUGCAGGACAAGGCCGACUCGCCCCACGUGAGCGGCAGCGAGGCUGAUGCGGCUUCCUCAGCUCCCAUGGACUCCUCCUUCUCGCUCAUCUCGGUAUCACACGCCCUCUACGACAGCCGCCUGCCGCCUGACUUCUUCAGCGCCCUGGUGUGUGACAUGCUGCGCUUCUACGCCGAGCAGGGCGAUGUGCAGAUGGCCGUGUCCGUGCUCAUUGUGCUGGGUGAACGCGUGCGCAAGGACAUCGAUGAGCAGACCCAGGAGCACUGGUACACGUCCUACAUCGACCUGCUGCAGCGCUUCUGCCUCUGGAACGUGUCCAACCAGGUGGUCAAGCUCAGCACCAGCCGCGCCGUCAGCUGCCUCAACCAGGCCUCCACCACCCUGCACGUCAACUGCAGCCACUGCAAGCGGCCCAUGAGCAGCCGUGGCUGGGUCUGUGACCGGUGCCACCGCUGCGCCAGCAUGUGUGCUGUCUGCCACCACGUGGUCAAGGGUCUGUUCGUGUGGUGCCAGGGCUGCAGUCACGGCGGCCACCUGCAGCACAUCAUGAAGUGGCUGGAGGGCAGCUCCCACUGCCCUGCGGGCUGCGGCCACUUGUGCGAGUACUCGUGACCCAUCUGCGCCGGGCCUGGGGUGGGUGGGGCUGGGCGUGCGAACCAAAUAAAGGACGCGGGAGCCGCAGUCUAAGGCUGCCUGUCAUCCCAUCGUGCCGCCCGACGACGUCCCGGUUGGUUUUAACGCGCUGGGCGACCGGGGUGGGUAGGUGGCCUCGUCGCCAGGGGAACUGGCGGGACGGGAAGG